AUGUCUCGUUGGGGCAGAGGCCGAAGCGGCAGCGUGGCCGUGCCGCUUGAUAGUGCCCUCUUCAGAGAAAAUAGUAAUUGUCCAAGUGCAGCCCGGUCCGCGGGAACAGUCGGGAAAUGGGGAAUCACCAGUUUUACAUCGAUUAGAAGCGCUCCUUACGCCUUUCAAAGCAACAGUAACAAGAAACCUGUUCAGGACCAAAAUAGUCCACUGACAGUGCCAGCAGUUGAAACUGAGGCACCUCCACCAAAACCCAAGAAGUUUUUUAAAUCUAGGAAUACUGAACCAUAUCCUCCAGUGCCACAAAUCACUUAUGCUCCGCCUGUGCUUCCAGCACCAUUAUCGCCUGAGCAUACCACAAAAGAAAAGAAAACUAAGAAAACUAGAUAUAACAGAGACUCUUCAUCUCCGGAAUUGCCUAGAAGGAACUCUGAAAAGUCUAGAGGUAAAAAGAAUUAUGUUGCGACUAAAGCAGCCAGAAAAGAAGAUUCCUCAGAACCAUCACAACCACCAAAUAAGCGUUACCUGGUUCGUAAUCGGGAUAAGGUGAUCAAUUAUGCAGAAGAUGGAAGUAAUAGCCCAAUACCAGAAUUUACUAGAUAUGAACCGUUGCAGCCAAAAGUGUCUACUCCUAAAGCCAGUCCCUUAACAGCAAGCCCUUUGCAAAAUACUAUUGCAAGUCCUUCAUCUACUAAACUGGAAGUAGUUAGUCCAUCAACAAGUAAAGAUAGCAAUGAGGAACGUAAACCACCUCCAAUAGUUCUACGCAUUUCAAAGGGAACCUCUCGAAUUGUUAGUACAGAUUCUAAUGAAGGUUUCACCUCACCGGGAUCAGAUAGACACUCUUCACUGGAUAAUCAUUCAGAUUUAGGCUUAGAUCAUAAAAAAAGCCCUUCUAUGGAAGCAAUUUGUUCGCCAAAACAUGAAGGAUUAAAAAUAACUAUAAAAUGUUCAAGUUAUAGUCAAGAAGCUAAAAAAGAAAAGAAGAAAGAUAAAAAAGAUGGACACAAAUCUCAUAAAAAACAUCACAAAGCAUCAUCUGAUGAUGAACCACUUAAAAAACCUAGUUCUCCACAGCCUGGCUCAGAAAACUAUGAACUGUAUAAUAUGCUAGCAUCACCAGUACAUACACCUUUACCAGACAAAAAUCCCAACAAGAUUAAACAGAUAGAUAUUAUAGAAACACAAUUGGCUAAACUAGACUCAACACCAGAUGAUGUUAAUGAUAUGAAUGAAGAACCGCCAGACCCAAAGCCACCUGAAGCAGCAUCAGGGAGGUCUAGAAGAAAUAGACCUAAUAUAAAUUACAAUGAAACAGAUGAUGAUGCUUAUAACAUAGCAGCUGGUCUGUCUAAACAAACCACAAAGACUGUUAGUGACAUUAAAAAAGAAACAAGGAAAACACGAAGAAAGCAUGAGACACUAGCAGAUAAUCCUAUAGGAAAUGAAAUACCCGACAUUCACACAGAAACUGAUGUACACAAAGGGACAGAACCACCAAUUGAACAUGAUGAUUUAAUUAAUAUAUUGUCUGGCAAUGAAAAGAGUGAAACUAUACUGAAGCUGAAAUUAAAUAAAAAACAAAAAAGCAAGCAAAAGCAAUCUAGUCCGGUAUCAAAAGUAAUAUCUGAUGAUGUAAAUAGCCAAUUAAGUGUAGCAAUUAAUGAGCAACUAAUGGAGCAAGAAAAGUUAAUAGAUAUACAACAGGAAGUAAAUGAAGCUCAAAUCCAAACACAAACUCAAUCAUCUGACUCUGCAUAUAACAGUUGUCAAAAUGAGCUCUCAGAAGAAGAAUCACAAAAACAAUGCCAAGAUGUGUUCAAAUCUCCACACUCAGAAGAACAUAAUGACGACAAACCAAGUGUUAAAUUAGUUAUUACAAAGAAAAAGGGCUCCAUAUUUAAAAGCAAAUCUCUGGGAAAUGAUGAUCCAUCACCUCUGCCAGCCAGAAAAAGGAGGCAUUUGUAUAAACAUGAAUGGGCCAAUGAUAAAGGAAAUGAAACUCCAAGGCCAGAUAGGCCAGAGACAACAGAAGCACAGAAUCCAGCUGCCCAAGUAUCGGAGGAGCUUACUCGAGUUACAAGAUAUAGAGCGGCCGAUCCGAUCCUUGAUGAUCCCAUGUCAAGUGAAACUGUGAAACCUUACUCUAGUGUGAAAUGUGCAAAGGAGGCUAAACAGUACUACACUGUUGUAAGAAAUGUAAAGAAAGCCCAUCAAAUUCAAGAGAUUGGCGAAUUUCAAGAGUUCAAUGAUGAUGUGGAAUUUCUUCUUGAUGCCUUACAGGACAACAACCCAAUGUCAACCCGUUGUCUGUCAGUGAUCACGUUAGCCAGUAAAUGCACUGCGCCGGCGUUCCGUAUGCAUUUGCGGGCGCACGGCACUGUGCAGAAAUUCUUCAGUGCUUUACAUGACGCCACCAAUGAUCCUAGUUUGGCACUAUGUACAGCCACGGUGAUGUUUGUACUCUCGCAAGAUCGUCUCAAUAUGGAUUUGGAUCGGGAGUCUCUGGAACUCAUGUUGAAUCUAUUGGAGUCUGAUGCUUCUCACAAAAAUGCCUUAGACGAUUGCGGGUUGACUUCGUCGCAGCUCGCUAAGACCCAAGAAAGGGUGAGAGAAUUGUGCGCUGAAAUCAAAAAUCAAGGAAAGGCGAAACAUUUAGAUCUGGAUAAUAUCACGGUGGGUCAUCUAGCAAUGGAAACACUACUGUCCCUAACAUCAAAGCGAGCUGGAGAGUGGUUCAAGGAGGAACUCCGGAACCUUGGAGGUGUGGACCACAUUGUCCGAACAAUACAGGAUUGCGUUGAACGCUUGCAAGUGCCUGCUGCCUCCUGGACUGGAUCACAUUUAGAUAUAUUGGGCAAAGCUGAUCGGUGUAUGCGGGUGCUUGAGAAUGUGACCCAAAUGAAUGAAGCGAACCAGCAGCAUCUUACAUCGGGCAAUUUAGGUGCGGCAAGCACUUUGGCAACUCUGUUAAGGCGAUGCGUGAGCGAAGCUCGGGAACACGUGCGUCUGCGCACGGCAUUGCUAGAUGCAGCAUUACCAGCUGUUAAAGUGUUGGUUAAUUUGUCGCAUUCGUUUGGUGGAAAUUCAUCAUCAUUGGGUGCCUCAGUAAUUGGUGAACAACCGUCGGUGAUGGAGAUGUGCCUCACCAUGUUAAAUAAUCAGGACAAUUUUAUACCAGACACCAGUAACUUUGAUUUUUCCGUCUGUGUUUUAAUGUUACUAAUAAAUCUAGUACAAAACAACGAAAUUAACACGCAACGGCUGCUAAGUUUAAGGAUACGAGUGAAUCGGGAAAAUGAUGUCAUUUCACGGAGUGUUUCAGCUUUAGACCUUAUUCUGGAUUUGUUCCACAAGAGGGUCGAUCUCGCCAGGCGAGCUGAAGAGAAUACAGAUGCGCUGUUGGACGGCGAAAAGGAUGAGAGUCAUAACAAGAAACAACCGGACGACAUUGACGAAACUGUCGCUAAAUUGUUAGCUCGUGCGGGCUCCCAUAUGGAGCACACGAUGGUGGGGGCAUAUAUGGCCUUGGCAGUGGGUCAGAUGGCGGCUGCUGCGCCUGCGCACGCGGCUGCAGUACGGGCACGUUUGCCUUCGUACGCGCCCCUACUGCCGACGCUGAGGAAGUACUUCGCGUUUCUCUCUCUUACUGCCAGUGCUGAAGCGGCCAUAGUAGCGCACGUGAAAUCGACGCAGCGGAUAAUUCAGUUCAUGGAGGAAAGCGACAAGGAAGAUUCGCCCCCGGAGCCGCCGCCCCCGGCCGCGCCUUACACCAGUGCCUACCCGACUAACUACUACCAGACUUCGCCCUCGGACGUACCUCAAGAUAUGUCCCUUAGUAAUCUUAAUUAUAGUAUGAACUACAGUAGUUCGAGUUCUGAUCGGAUGUCGUCAUCUAUGGAAGUCGAUAGCUACCAUUGA